AAUAAAAAGAAGAAGAAGAUUAUUUCUAUUUCCCGUUUUUCAAUUUUUUUUAUCCAAAGAAAAGUCUACGUGUUUUCUGAAUUUUUUAAUUUUUCUAUAGGUGUAGUUGUAGCUGUUAUGUGAUGUUACUGAUGUUCCACCUGUACCAAUAAAAUAAUAAUAUAUCAAUUCAAUGAUCUAAUAUUUUAAUAUAAAUCUGAACUGUAGAGCAUCGAUUUGAUGCUGUAUGAUGUCUUGGUUUGCCGAAGAAUCGAUUACAACCUUCCAAAAAUUUUGUAUCAACGUGAUCAAAUGUGGACCUAUCCCAAAGCAUAUUGCAUUCAUUAUGGACGGUAAUCGAAGGUAUGCCACGAAAACGAAUGUUCAAAAGGCCGAAGGACACUUGAAAGGGUUUGAAAAAUUAGCAGAGUGUUUAGAAUGGUGCAGAGAGUUGGGAAUCAGAGAAGUGACCGUCUAUGCCUUCAGUAUUGAAAAUUUCAAACGAAGUAAAGAAGAGGUUGAAACUUUGAUGGGCUUGGCUAGAGAAAAAUUUCAGAAACUAUUGGAAGAGAAAGAUAGGUUGAUGAAGGAAGGUGUGUGUAUAAGAGUAAUUGGAAACUUGUCACUCUUACCAGAAGACCUACAAGAAUUGAUUACCAAAGCAAUGUUGCUUACCAAAGAUAAUAACAGGUCUAUACUGAAUGUAGCUUUCUCCUAUACUUCCAGAGAUGAAAUCAUACACAGUAUCAAAACAGUAAUAGAAGGAGUCACAAAUGAUGAUAUCAGCAUAGAUGACAUAGAUGAAGAACUGUUAUCUAGUUGUCUGUAUAUGCACAAAAGCCCAAAUCCUGACAUAUUAAUCAGAACUUCAGGUGAAGUAAGACUGAGUGACUUCUUGUUGUGGCAGUUAUCUGGUACAGAGAUCUACUUCACAGAUGUGUUGUGGCCAGAGUUUUGUAUAUGGCAUUUAUUGGGUUGUGUUUUCAAAUAUCAGAGGUCUGUUUUCAGUUCCAAACAGUUGAGUCACCAAAAAAGUAACUCUGAAAGGAGCCCAAUAGUUGAUGCUUUCUUGCAAAAAGUGGAAAACACAAGACUGACAAGGUCUAUAAUAAAAGCAUAGCUGUGAGGAAAAACUAGUAGGGAGUAGUUUCAUCAUCUUCCAAUGAUUUAAUUAUGAUUAUUGAAUGAUUCUUAGUUCUUAUAGCAUUUCCAUCUUACUGUGAUACAAUAUAAAUUUAAUAAAUUUAUGGGUGAUA